UGUCCCCAGUCUGAUCUCCAGUGUCCCCUGCCCUGUCCCAGUGUCCCCCGCUCCACCCCCGACGUCCCCAGGCCGGUCCUGGUCCCACCCCGCCGGUCCCAGCCCCCUUCCUGCUCCGUCCCUGUCCCGGUCCCCGUCCCCGUCCUCGUCCCCAUCCAUCCCCGGUCCCGUCCUCGGUGUCACCCUGCUCCCAGCCAGCCCAGUCCCGUCCCCGACCCCGUCCCAGUUGGAGCCCACCGCUCCCCGCCCCGAUCCAUUCCCCUCCCGUGGCUUCAUCCCGCUCACGCUGGUGCCACCCUCCGUCCCCUCCUGUCCCUGUCCCAUCAGCACCAGUGCCACCACAGCCCUGGCCCCUUGGGAGGGCCUGGAGCCCAGCCCCGGCGUCCCCAGCCCCGGCGUCCCUGGUGCCAUAUCCCUGUCCCUGGUGUCCCUGGUGUCACUGGUCAUGGUGGCCUUGGCCAUGGUGGCCCUGACCCCACUGUCCCUGGUCCCAACAUCCCUGGCCUCAUUGUCCCUGAUCCUGGUGGCCUUGAUCAUGGUGUCCCCAGCACCAGCGUCCCUGUCCCCGCUGUCUCUGGUCAUAGCGGCACUGGUCAUGGUGGCCUUGGCCAUGGUGUCCUUGGACCCGGUGUCCCUGUCCCUGCUGACCCUGCUCACCCCAGUGUCCCUGUCCCCGGUGUCUCUGGUCAUGGUGACACUGGCCAUGGUGGCCUUGCCCAUGAUGGCCCUGACCCUGGUGUCCCUGGCUCCUGGCAUCUCCUCCGUCCUCUUCGCCUCCCGCCUGGGCUGCCUGGAGCAGGAGGUGCCGCGGGAGACGGAGACCUUCAUCCGCUCCAUCAACACCAUGUUCGUCAUGACGCUGCUCACCAUGGCCAUGCCCAAGCCCCUCCACCGCCUCUUCCCCAAGCCCUGGCGGACCUUCUGCGAGGCCUGGGACUACAUGUUCGCCUUCGCUAAAGGUCACAUCGACCGGCGCGUGGCCGAGGCGGCCGAGCCGGGGGAAGCGGCGGCGAAGACGUGUCUCACCGACCACCUGGCCCGGGAGAAGGUCCCCAUGAAGGUCAUCUAUGGCAACGUCACCGAGCUGCUGCUGGCCGGGGUGGACACGGUGGUGACGCUGUGGUACCGGGCGCCCGAGGUGCUGCUGCAGUCGACCUACGCGACACCCGUGGACAUGUGGAGCGUGGGCUGCAUCUUCGCCGAGAUGUUCCGGAGGAAGUGA